AUGGCAGAAGCCAAAAUGGAUCUUCGAAUGUGGACUUUUAAUCAAUAUGGUGAUCAAGAGCUAGCAGCUGAAGAUAGUGAUCCAGUCUCCGCAGUUCUAGGCUUGCGGUGGGACCGACGAGAUGACAGCCUUACAAUAUCCGUCCAAAGAGAAAUCGUUAAAAGAGACUUAUCAAAAAGGAGACUAUUGUCUCUAAUCCAUGCUGUUUUUGAUCCGCUAGGUUUCUUUGUGCCCGUCAUAUUACCUGCGAAAUUAAUUCUUCAAGAGGCUUGGGCAACAAAAUCGACCUGGGAUAAGCCAUUACCGGAUGAACUUCAAACAAGAUUUGAGAGAUGGUACGAAAGGUUGCCUAGUCUUUCCAGCCUUAAAUUACCUCGUCGCAUGGGUCAUGGAAUUAAGGAUUCAUGGACUCUACACGUCUUUUGUGAUGCCAGUCAAGCUGCUUAUGCAACUGUCAUUUACUUACGAAGUAAGAAAGAAGACAAAGUUUUCGUGAAAUUCGUCAUAGCAAAAUCACGGAUAUCGCCCGUAAAGAAAAUAACUAUUCCGCGUUUGGAGUUGCUAGCCUGUGUUCUAGGUGCACGCUUGGCAAGGUAUACUGUUGAAACCCUGUGCUUAGUCGAUGUCCCGAUAUAUUACUGGACAGACGCUACUGUGGCUCUUAGCUGGAUACAACGAGAGGAAAACUGGGGAGUAUUUGUGAAUAAUAGAGUAAAGGAGAUUCGGAAACUCUCGAAGCAGGAAUGUUGGAGACAUAUCCCUGGAAAAUUGAAUCCGGCAGAUGUGUCAUCUCGUGGCUUUCGAGUAUUCUGCUGGGUUCUACGCUUUACUAAUAAACUCCUAAAGAAGCCCUCGUAUUCUUCGGAUACCUUAACAGUAGAAGAAAAAACUAACGCCGAAACAUUUUUGUGGAGUUUAGAGGAAAGGAAGCAGUUUCAAGAGAAAGGAGAUUCCGUCCAUGGAUUAGUGGUAGUGAGAGACAACGACGGAGUCCUCAGAGUCAAAACUAAAAUCAUUGAACGUGAUGAUGAAUUCUGCUUCCUUUAUCCCCUGUUGCUUCCGUCCAAGCAUUAUUUAACUGAAUGCCUCAUAAGAGAGUAUCAUGAAAAGAACUGUCAUGCGGGAGUGCAGAUAUUAGCUGCUAAGUUAAGAGAGCGAUACUGGAUCAUUUCGUCGAAACGUAAUAUAAGAUCUUGCGUAAGUCGAUGUGUAGUAUGUAGGAGAUUUACCGCUAAGGCUUUAUCUACCUCUCCGAUCCAGUUACCCCUUGACAGAAUAAGAGAUUCGGCAGUCUUUGAAACAACUGGAGUCGAUCUUUGUGGACCUUUACUUCUGAGACCAAAGAGAAAGCGCAGGUAA